UCAUUAACAUUCCUCACUUGUGGGUGUGAAGCUGAAAGGAUCUCCGGCGCGCCGAGCGGAGACGCGCAGAGUCCCUGUGCGUUCAGAGGAGGAGGAGGUAUCAGCUGCCGGCAGGAGGAGAGAGAGAAUAGGAGGAGCGGAAGAAGAGACAGCAGACCUCCACAUCACAGGCUGCUGGUGUCCUCUCAGAGCAGAAAAACGCUCCUUUUUUCCCACAGAUUAAUUUGGUUUUCUCCCCAAGGCUGAAGGUGUCCAAUAUGAGUUGGAUCUAACGUCUCCGGAGAGUAAAAAGGAAUAUCAGAAUCCCCUGGUGGAUGUGGUCACCUAAACUGUGGACAUGGAAAAGAUAGUGAAUUUAUCCCUUUCUGUUCUGCUGGUUUUAUGGGGAUGCGCGCACGGAGGCUCGCCCAGUGUCCAGAUUGGGGGACUUUUUCCAAGGGGCGCGGAUCAAGAAUACAGCGCUUUUCGGAUAGGAAUGGUUCAGUUUGGCACCUCGGAAUUCAGAUUGACGCCUCACAUUGACAAUCUGGAAGUGGCGAACAGUUUUGCUGUUACCAACUGCUUCUGUUCACAGUUCUCCAGAGGAGUGUACGCCAUUUUCGGAUUCUACGACAAGAAGUCAGUCAACACCAUCACGUCUUUCUGUGGGACGCUCCACGUCUCUUUCAUCACACCCAGCUUCCCCCUGGAUGGGAAUCAGCAGUUUAUCAUCCAGAUGAGACCUGAUAUCAAGGGGCCCCUGCUCAGCCUCAUCGAGUACUACAAGUGGGACAAGUUUGCCUACCUGUACGACAGUGAUCGAGGCCUGACAACGCUGCAGGUUGUUCUGGACACGGCUGCAGAGAGGAAAUGGCAAGUGACAGCCAUCAACGUGGGCAACUUAAAAGAUGAGAGGAAGGACGAGGCCUACCGCUCGCUGUUCCAAGAUCUGGAGAACAAGAAGGAGAGGAGGGUGAUCCUGGACUGUGAGCAGGACAAAGUCAAAGACAUCAUGGAGCAGGUCAUCACAAUUGGUCGACAUGUUAAAGGCUACCACUACAUUAUCGCCAAUCUGGGUUUCAUUGAUGGCGAUCUUUCCAAAAUCCAAUAUGGCGGUGCCAACGUGUCAGGCUUUCAGAUCGUUGAUUUCGAUGACCCUUUGGUGUCAAAGUUCGAUCAAAGGUGGGACGCCUUAGAAGAGAAGGAGUACCCCGGUGCGGACAGUAAAAUAAGGUACACAUCAGCGCUGACUUAUGACGCGGUGCAGGUGAUGACGGAGGCCUUCCGCUAUCUGCACAAGCAGCGCAUCGACUUCACCAGGAGGGCCAACAACGGGGACUGCCUGGCCAACCCUGCUGUUCCCUGGGCUCAGGGAGUGGAGAUCGAGAGAGCGCUGAAACAGGUGCGUGUGGAAGGCCUGACAGGAAACAUCCAGUUUGAUCAACACGGCAAGCGAGUCAACUACUCUGUGAACAUCAUGGAGUUAAAGACGAACGGUCCAGUAAAGAUCGGAUACUGGAAUGAAGUCGAUAAAAUGGCUGUCACCAAAUCAGACGUCUUUGCAAACGAAUCGACAGGAAUGGAAAACAAAACAGUUAUUGUCACCACCAUCUUGGAAGCGCCGUAUGUCAUGCUGAAGAAGAACGCCGACCUUUUUGUCGACAAUGAGCGCUACGAGGGUUACUGUGUAGAUCUGGCUGCGGAGAUAGCCAAGCACUGCGGCUUCAAAUAUCAACUGAAGAUUGUGGGGGAUGGGAAAUAUGGAGCCAGAGAUGCAGAGACCAAGAUCUGGAAUGGGAUGGUUGGAGAGUUGGUGUAUGGGAAAGCGGACAUUGCUGUGGCUCCCCUGACCAUCACUUUGGUCCGAGAGGAGGUGAUUGACUUCUCCAAACCCUUUAUGUCUCUGGGAAUCUCCAUCAUGAUAAAGAAGCCUCAGAAAUCCAAACCAGGAGUCUUUUCUUUCCUGGACCCGCUGGCCUACGAGAUCUGGAUGUGUAUUGUUUUUGCCUACAUUGGCGUCAGCGUGGUGCUGUUCCUAGUCAGCCGCUUCAGCCCCUAUGAGUGGCACACUGAAGAGUACGAGGAUGGGCAGAUCCAGACUAAUGAGUCGACUAACGAGUUUGGAAUAUUCAAUAGUCUGUGGUUCUCCCUAGGAGCGUUUAUGCGUCAAGGGUGUGAUAUCUCACCAAGAUCUCUGUCUGGGCGCAUUGUCGGUGGGGUUUGGUGGUUCUUUACUUUGAUCAUCAUCUCCUCCUACACUGCAAACCUGGCUGCUUUUCUCACUGUGGAGAGGAUGGUCUCUCCCAUUGAAAGUGCAGAGGAUUUGGCUAAACAGACAGAGAUCGCGUAUGGGACACUGGACUCUGGCUCCACCAAAGAGUUUUUUAGGCGCUCAAAAAUCGCCCUCUUUGACAAAAUGUGGACUUACAUGCGGAGUGCAGAGCCCUCUGUGUUUGUUAAAACCACAGCCGAGGGGGUUCUGAGAGUCCGCAAGUCCAAGGGAAAGUACGCCUAUCUACUCGAGUCCACAAUGAACGAGUACAUCGAGCAGCGAAAACCCUGCGACACCAUGAAGGUGGGAGGCAACCUGGACUCCAAAGGCUACGGGAUCGCCACACCGAAAGGAUCCUCAUUAAGAAAUGCGGUUAACCUCGCAGUACUAAAACUGAAUGAGCAAGGCCUGUUGGACAAAUUGAAAAACAAAUGGUGGUACGACAAAGGAGAGUGCGGCAGCGGGGGAGGUGAUUCCAAGGAGAAGACGAGCGCCCUCAGCCUGAGCAACGUGGCUGGGGUCUUCUACAUUCUGGUCGGAGGACUCGGCUUGGCCAUGCUGGUGGCCUUGAUUGAGUUCUGUUACAAGUCCCGAGCCGAGGCGAAACGAAUGAAGAUGACCUUUGGGGACGCCAUGAGGAAUAAAGCGAGACUUUCCGUCACUGGGAGUACUGGGGAGAAUGGUCGGGUGAUGACUCCAGAGUUUCCAAAAGCUGUCCAUGCUGUCCCGUACCCGAGACCUGACAUGGGACUAAACGUCAGCCUGACAGAUCUGUCCUGAUGGAUGAGAAACUUCUGAGUGCCUUACAAUGGUUUCAAUAGAGCGAUUUUUUUCUCGUGCCCUUCCCUCCCUCCUUCUGUUCUGGCGCUUCUUUUCUGUCUCUGUUGAAAAGGGAAAGGUAGAAGAUGGAGGCUUCAUUUUGUCACCCACAAAGACUCAUAUUGUUGCUUUCUGUCUCUAUUUCUCACUGUAUAAAACGCCUCCCUCUCUGGGUGGAAUUACAUCUCAGAAUGAAAAGGGAGGCUCUUUUUUCUAAACUGAUGACACCAUGCUUUUCCUAUCUAUCUGUCUGGACUGGACUGAGACGGAAACGAGGGCUUGAUUGACGGCAACGGCUGCUUCUGGGAGUUUCUGUCAUCUUUACUGCGUGUGUGCGCGUGUGUGUGUGAAAGGAUUGGGUGUGUGUGGUUGUGUGUUGUGUGUGUGUCAGAGGAAGAUGUCGUCAAAUACACACUGUUUCUGUAGCCACCACCGCCAAACAGAUUUUCAAGCACACUUGAUACCAUCUGCAUUAAGAUGUGAAAUCGUCUUUUUUUUUCUAAGAAAAUCUGAGAAAAAAGUUUAUUGAAAAAAAUAUUUUUAUGUAUUUUCACACAAUAGCUUUUAAAUAAACUUGCUUACAUACUG